ACAUUUAAAUAAGUCAAUUUUAAUAUAAAAAUGCAUAAAUGAAACAUGAUAAAACUAAAGUCCUAAUUCCUUGUUAAAUCUAUAACCAACAUUUUAGAAGCAAGUAUAUGAGGAGAUUCUACCCAUGAUAACUUCCUGUUUGGAUGGAUACAAUGUAUGUAUCCUGUCAUAUGGCCAGUCAGGCUCUGGGAAGAGCUACACAAUGAUGGGCCUUAAAGACAAUCCUGGGAUCAACAUCCGGUCAGUCACAGAGUUACUGCGCUUGUGUAAAGAGAGAGAAAACUACACAUACAUGAUUAAGAUUUCAGUGCUGGAGAUCUAUGUGGAGAGCCUGAUUGAUCUCCUGUCUGAGAACCGGCAGACUGAGGUGGAGAUCCGUGGUCAGGGCAGGUCAGUGACCAUUCCCACUCUGACGCAAGUGGAGGUAAAAACAGAGGAAGACAUUCUAAACAUCAUGGAAAUGGUGGGGCGAAACUCCCACCUCCAUUCCAAUGAAGCAAAUGCAGAGAGCUCCUGCUCUCAUGUCCUCCUCUUUGUCACGGUGGAGUGUACAGACCCAGUGAGUGGCGUGAGCACUCGAGGUGUGCUGACCCUGUGUGAGCUGGCCGGCUCAGACCGCAUCUCUAAAACACAAGCCACGGGCCAGCGGCUCACAGAAACGGCAGCCAUCAACAAGUCUUUGAUGGUCCUGGGACAGGUGUUUGGGGCUCUGAGGUCUAACUCUCUUCAUGUGCCUUUCCGGAAUUCUAAACUCACUCACGUGCUCCAGCCCUGUCUCAGUGGUGAUGCUAAGAUGUGUGUAAUUGUGCAUGUUAGUCCAGAUGUGGAAGACGCUGCAGAGACUCUGAACACUCUUACGUUUGGAACGUCCAUUCGACAGAUCACUCUGGGCAAACCGCCACAGAACAGAACUCAGAUAAAGACCACUAAGGCUGAGAAGUAACUUGAUGAGAAAUGAGUGAAUAGCUCUAUAUUGACCCAGCCUUCCCAGAGUUUGGUUUGAUUUCCAUUAAGGGAAUUUUCUAUUGUAUAUAAUAUAAUGUAUAUUGUCACUAUCGCACAAAAAACUUUUGUUUAUAUAUUUUGCUGUUUUUGAUCUUUACACAUUGGACUUGAGAAAAGCACCAAUAGAAAUGCUCCAAAAUAAAAUCUUCAUACACUGAUGUUCA